GAUCAUCAAAUGAUUUUGAAUCUAUUCAAACCAGAAUAUAAGAUUGAUUGGAAUCAAUUCAAAUUUUUAGUGGAGUAGAAUCCAUAAUUAGUGAGUGAUCUUUUGAAAAAAAUUAUAUUUAAUAGGUGUCAAUGCUAACGAGUAUAUUCAAAAUAUGAUUAUUUAGAUAUUUAGAAUAUUUAAUUUAGAUAAAGAUUAGUAUUCAGACAUUAGAAUUAGUGAAUUAAUUAUCGAAGAGCAUAAGUCUCCCAGACUAAUUUCUUAAUAUGUUUAUAACAAAAUGCAUCGUAAAUUAGGAAGAAUUCAAGAUUGUAAAAUAAUGAAUUGAUUAUUUAGAAUUAUCCAUAAAAUUAACUAGAUAAGUGAGAUUGGUGUCGGUAUUUAUACGUACAUUGAUUAAAUAGAAGAUAUUUGAUCCUGAGAAGAUAUAUGUAGAAUUAUAAGGAUUUUGCUUGGAAUUUUCAUCAAUUCUAGAGGCAACCUAAUUAUUUAAAACUAUUAAAAAUGCAGUAUAAGAAUAAUGAGAUAUUUAUAUGAAUACGUAUACC